GAUGAUAUCGACGUCUCGUUUGACGAUGUCCAUGUCGACCCUGUAGCCGUCACCUCACUCCGGGCCUUGACAGCCUUGGCAACCGCCGCACCACUCGCAUUCACUUACGGCCUGCUCGCUAAAGAAAAGAUUCUUGGUGUCCUCCUCCAUGGCCCUCCUGGUACUGGCAAGACGAUGCUCGCCAAAGCUGUCGCAAAGGAAGCCCACGUCAGCUUUCUGCCCGUCUCCGGUGCUGACUUUCUCUCGAAAUGGGUGGGCGAGGAUGAAAAACUCGUCCGCGCCAUCUUUUCCAUUGCUCGCAAACUUGACCCUUGCGUCAUCUUCAUUGACGAGGCUGACUCUGUCUUUCGUCAGCGUACAGAGGACGAUAGCUCCUGGAAGAGAGACCUCGUAUCGCAAUUCCUCCUGGAGUGGGACGGAGUUAAAGGCGGCGCCAAAGGGGGCUUUGUCAUGGCAGCUACAAACAGAAUGUCAGACAUUGACCCAGCCGUGCUACGUCGUCUGCCGAGGCGUAUCUUUGUCGGCGUUCCCACUGCGGCUCAGAGAGAGGGUAUCUUGAAGAUACACUUAAGAGAUGAAAGUCUUGGCCCUGAUGUGACCGUGGAGGAGCUGGCCAAGUUGACGGUCUCAUAUUCAGGUUCAGACCUGAAGAGCCUUUGCGUUUCAGCAGCCAUGGCGGCAGUUUACGAGUCAAUA